GGAUUCAUAACAGAUUCACUCUGAAUGUAACAUUGGAUAUAUUGACUUCUUUGAAGACAAUCCAUCGCUACCAGUGGAGGUGUCGCAUCAAGCACUGAAGAAUCAAGAUUGUGAUUGAACUCAUAUCGCUGAAAUGACUUCGCCAGCAGAUCACCCUGCCAGAGGACGCGGUAGGGGUAGAGGGAAGUCUCGCGGAGGUUUAGGAAAGUAUCUUCGCGCUAGAGGCCGAGGUCGCGGACGGAGUCGCCCAGCCGAGUUCGGGAAACGUCUGGUCCUCGAAGGUGAGGAGGAGGAAGAAUUGGAUCCGGACUCCGAAGAGGCGAAGGAGUUCGCUCGCAAGUACUCGCGGCGAGAACUUGGCUCGAACGCCGAUCGAUAUGUCGAGCCCGAACCCGAGCUAAACUCGGACGGUGAGGUUGAGGAAGAGCCUGAAGUAGAUCUGUCCGCGUUUCUUGCCCGCCAGCGUCUCUCGCCAGAACCAGAUCCCUCGUCUUCCGCGCCCCCUCCACCCGACGAGGAAGUGGACGAGAGCCUUGAUUAUCUAGAUACUGGUGCAUCUUCCGCUCGAAGCAAACCGAAGAAGGGCAAAGCGCAGACGAUCGAAUGGGACGAGAAACUAGAAGAGCUAAGCCGUGAAAAAGCUAUCGCUGACGCCAGUAGAGAAUUGAAAGAACGCUUCAAGGCACAAUCCAGCCAACAACGGUUUCGGCCUGUGGUACCCGGCGGCGAGAAAGACAAGAAAAAAGGAAAGGAAUAUGUCGAAGCACCGCCUCUUCCAAUCGAGAAUACAAAUCGUGCGAAGGACCAGAAGGAAGAGAUGCAAGACUUUCUGGACGAUUUGCUUGGAUAGGCAACUCGCGUGUGUAGGAACCCACAACCCUCGUUUCAAUCCGUCGUUCAAGCUUGUCCUUGUUUCUAAACCCGUUCUUCUGAGCUCUCCCUCAUUUUGUAGGGGACGACCCUAGGCCUACUCGACGUGAUUGUUCCGAACUGCUCUG